AUGCAGGCUUCCACCUUCUUCGGCAAUGCCACCGCGCUGCGGCCCCAGGUCGCCGCGCAGGCCAGCACCGGCAAGCGUGCGGUGACCACCAUGAGGCGCACGCUGAAGCAGCAGAAGCCAAAGGUGUCGGAGGGUGUCUGGUACGGCCCCGACCGCCCCAAGUUCCUGGGCCCCUUUUCUGAUGGCAUCACCCCCAGCUACCUGAACGGAGAGUUUGCUGGCGACUACGGCUGGGACACGGCCGGUCUGUCUGCCGACCCCGAGACCUUUGCCCGCUACAGGGUGAUCGAGGUCAUUCACUGCCGCUGGGCCACCCUGGGAACGCUCGGCAUCGUCUUCCCUGAGAUCCUGCAGAAGUACAGUGGCGUGCAGUUCCAGGAGGCCGUGUGGUUCAAGGCCGGCGCCCAAAUCUUCUCCCCUGACGGGCUCAACUACCUGGGCAACCCCUCCCUGGUGCACGCCCAGUCCAUCAUCGCCACCCUGGCCAUCCAGGUGCUGCUCAUGGGCGCGGUGGAGGGCUACCGCGUGAGCGGCGGGCCCUUCGACUGGUCCGACGGCCUCGACAACCUGUACCCCGGCGGCACCUACUUCGACCCCCUGGGCCUGGCCGACGACCCCGAGACCUUCGCCGAGCUGCGCGUCAAGGAGCUGAAGAACGGGCGCCUGGCCAUGGUGGCCGCCCUCGGCUUCUUCGUCCAGGCCGUGGUCACGGGCAAGGGCCCCAUCCAGAACCUGAGCGACCACCUGGCCGACCCCGGCGCGAACAAUGCCUGGGCCUUCGCCACCAAGUUCACCCCCAGCCUGUGA